AUGGUGUUGAGUACGAAACACUCACUUCCCAUUCAAACCACAAAAGGGAACGGUGGUUCGCAAACACCAUUCAGCAUGGAAAUCCAUGCAACCAGCCCAACCUCAAUGGAGACAACACCAGAGAAGUCACAAUCCACGAGUUUCACAGACACACAAAAUGAAAGUUCAACGGUGCGCAGUACACAAGACACAAGCUCCUCUCGAACUAUACCAAUGGACACUGGUCCGCAAACAUCACUCAACAUGGAAACCAAUGCAACCAGACCAGCCCAUACCACCCGAAUAGAUGAACCAAUGCAUAUUACAAUGGAGACAAACCUGCAGAAAUCGAGUUCCACAGAAAGCCAUACUGAUAUUUCAAAGGUGUCUGGGGCACAAGAGUCCUUCUCCACGCAAAAUGCAACACCAUACAUUCGUUCGCAAGACCCACACAGCAAGAGAUUCAGUGCAGCUAGUGCAAACAAGAACAUUUUAAUUUUGAAAACUUAG